GAGAGCAGAGAAGGUGUCGCCGCUCGAUCACAGGUGUCGCCACCUUGUCAGGGAAAUGAGCAACAGUCGCCUCAGCAAUCUCUGCAAAACUAAUCAAACUUUCAAUCCUACAUCCUUCGCCCUGCCACCAUGCAGUCGUCGUGGGGUCUACACUUUCUAGCGCUGCUGUGCAUCAUCUAUCUGCAGUCAAGGUUCGCCCACAGCCUGCACAAUCCGCUGAUGCGCAAAACUUGCCGAUUGGGGGAGGAGCUCGUCUGCGAUGUGCAGUUCAUCAUUUGCUGGGAGUACAAGUGCAAGUGCAUUGAGAGUCACGUGUAUCUCGGGCCAGGACUGGGCUGUCUGUUCGAGGAGUUUGCAUAGCCCUCAGCCAGAAGUCUGCUCCUCCUGCAGGCUGCAGCUGUGGGUGGCUUGAAGAUCGAUGAAUUAAUAAACAAACGUUCGACUGUUUACAUGCU